AUGGCGGAGGAAGAUGUCGUGGUGCCCACUUCGUCGGUAAGGAAGAACAAGCCUGAGGUUACCGUGAUGAAGUUGCGCGCAUGUAUGCAGUGCAGCAUGGUCUUAAGUGAAGACCAGUUCCUGCAACGAGGCUGCAUCAACUGCGGAGACCAUCAUAUGGAUAACACGAGAGAGUCCGUCUGGGGGAGCACGACUCCCAACUUCAAGGGCAUGGCUGUGAUUCUACGGCCCGAAAUAUCUUGGGUCGCACGCUACAACGAUAUUUCAGGUGUUCCCGGUGCCUAUGCCAUCAACCACUAG